CAGGAGCCUUCACCUCAGGCUGUGAUGGGACUGUUUUGGCUGUUGCUGCUUUACAUCCCCAUGCUAUCACCCACGUUUGCUGGAGGAGUCACCCGUGUCUAUUACCUGGGGAUCCGUGAGGAGGACUGGAACUAUGCUCCAACAGGAAGGAACGUACUUGCCAACCAAAGCAUUGCACAGAACCUCAAGGCUUCAACAUUCCUCCAGCCUGGCAAAGACAGAGUGGGCAGCACGUAUAAGAAAUCUGUCUAUAAGCAAUACACAGACUCCAUGUACACCACUGAGAUUCCCAAACCUGGCUGGCUGGGGUUCCUUGGACCUGUCAUCCGAGCAGAAGUCGGGGAUACCAUUAAAGUACACCUGAAAAAUUUUGCCAGUCGAUCGUAUACAAUCCAUCCUCACGGUGUUUUCUACGAAAAGGACUCUGAAGGAUCCCUGUAUCCCGAUAUGUCCCCCCAGGAUCAGAAGAAGGAUGAUGCUGUUUUCCCAGGAGGGAAUUAUACCUAUACUUGGACUGUCCCUGAAGAUCACAGCCCAACUGCUGAUGACCCAAACUGCUUGACCUGGAUCUACCACUCUCAUAUUGAUGCACCAAGGGAUAUUGCAUCUGGGUUAAUUGGUCCGUUACUUACAUGCAAAAAAGGAAUACUGACUGGCAGUUCUCAAAGACGCCAGGAUGUGGACAUUGAUUUCUUUCUGAUGUUCAGUGUGGUGGAUGAGAACCUCAGCUGGUACCUGGAUGAGAACAUAGCAUCAUUCUGCACAGAUCCAGGCUCCGUAGACAAAGAGGAUGAGGAAUUCCAAGAGAGCAACAAAAUGCACGCUAUUAAUGGUUAUGUGUUUGGGAACCUCCCUGAGGUGACGAUGUGUGCUGGGGAUUACGUUUCAUGGCAUCUCUUCGGGAUGGGCAAUGAAAUUGAUGUUCAUACUGCCUACUUCCAUGGAGAAAUGCUCAAUAUUCGAGGCCAUAGGACAGAUGUGGCCAGUCUCUUCCCAGCCACUUUUGUUACAGCAGACAUGAUCCCCAGUAACCUGGGAAGGUGGCUGCUGAGCUGUCAGAUCAAUGAUCACAUACAAGCUGGGAUGGGAGCACUCUAUGAAGUCCGGCCCUGUUCUCGGCCAGCUCCAGCAUCCACCCUGGAAGGGAGAGUUCGGAAAUACUACAUAGCUGUGAAGGAAGUGCAGUGGGACUAUGGACCUUCAGGGCUCGACCAAAGCAGUGGGAAACGGCUGAGUGAGGCAGGCAGCCCUGCUGAGCAGUUUUUCAAGCGGAGCCCCGACCGAAUUGGGGGAGUCUAUUGGAAGGCAAAGUACGUGGAAUAUACUGAUGAGAGCUUCCGUGAGGAAAAGCAGCAAUCAGAAGAAGAGAAACACCUGGGGAUACUUGGUCCAGUGAUCAAAGCUGAAGUUGGAGACACCAUCCUGGUGACAUUUUUUAACAAAGCCUCCUGGCCCUUCAGCAUCCAGCCUCAUGGAGUGUCCUAUGGGAAAGCAUGGGAAGGGAUGCGAUACCAUGAUGGUCUGUCCCAGAAUGGGGUUUCUGUUGCACCACUGCACAACUUUACGUACCACUGGACUGUACCGAAGCACGUUGGGCCCACGUCCAGCGACCCUCCCUGCCUGACCUGGAUGUACAGCUCGGCUGCGAAUCCCGUCAAAGACACCAGUUCGGGCUUAGUGGGGCCUCUGAUCAUCUGCAAGCCGGGCACUUUGGAUGACAACAACAAACAGAAAGGGAUCGACAAAGAAUUUUACCUUCUCUUCAGCGUGUUUGAUGAGAACCUCAGUUGGUAUUUAAAUGCAAACAUAAAGUACUAUUUGAGGAUGGAAGAGACUUCUGUGAAGAAGGACGAUGGCUUCAAGGAAUCAAACAGGAUGCAUGCCAUCAAUGGACUGAUGUUUGGUAACUUGCCUGGGCUGAAUGUGUGUGAAGGAGACAAUGUGUCCUGGCACCUCCUGGGCUUGGGCAGUGAAGCAGAUGUACAUGGAGCUGUGUUUCAGGGAAACACCCUGCAGGUGAAUGGGAUGCGGAGAGACGCAGCCAAUCUCUUCCCCCACACGUUCGCUACUGGCUUCAUGCGACCAGAUAACAAGGGGAUUUUCGAGAUAUACUGCCAGACGAGCAAUCACUACCAAGCUGGGAUGAGGGAACACUACUUCGUUUCCAAGUGUGGAAAUAGGGAUCCUGCUCCUGCCCUUCCGUACAAAGGGGUGCGGACGUAUUACAUCGUGGCAGAGGAGGUGGUGUGGGACUACGCGCCUGACCGACGCUGGGAGAGGGAACGGCACAACCAUUCUGCGGAGAGCUAUGCCGAUGUAUUUCUGAGCAACGAGAAUGGGCUGCUCGGCUCCAGGUACAAGAAAGCAGUCUACAGGGAGUACACUGACGGGACUUUCCAGACCCCCAAGGCCAGGACAAAUGGUGAUGAACACCUAGGUAUACUAGGUCCUUUUCUGUGGGCAGAAGUGGGAGAUAUUCUCAACAUCGUGUUUAAGAACAAUGCCACGAGACCCUACUCCAUCCAUGCACAUGGGGUGCUGGAAAGGGAGACAGGACAUCCGCAGGUAGCCAACCCUGGUGACAUUGUGACUUACCGAUGGGAAGUUCCUGAGAGAUCUGGUCCAGGGCCAAAUGAUUCAGCCUGUGUUCCUUGGAUCUACUACUCCAUGGUGGACCCAGUAAAGGAUAUGUACAGUGGUCUGAUUGGCCCCCUGAAGAUCUGCCGGAGAGGGACACUGCAGCCUGAUGGGAUCAGGAAGGAUGUAAAGAGGGAGUUUGCUCUACUGUUCCUGGUUUUUGAUGAAAAUCAGUCCUGGUACUUGGAGGAGAAUGUGGAACGUUACAGUAAGGGAAAUCACAAGGAGAUCAACCUGCUGGAUGACAAAUUUGUGGAAAGCAACAAAAUGCAUGCAAUCAAUGGAAGGCUCUAUGCGAACUUGCCUGGGCUGACCAUGCUCCAGGGUGAGCGGGUGAACUGGUACCUGCUGGGAAUGGGUCAGGAGAUUGAUGUGCACACAGUCCAUUUUCAUGCCGAGACCUUCAUAUACAAGAAUGGCAAAAGCUACAGAGCAGAUGUUGUGGAUCUGUUCCCUGGGACCUUUGAAAUGGUGGAGAUGUUGGUUGGGAACCCUGGGACGUGGCUGCUUCACUGUCAUGUGUCUGAUCAUAUUCAUGCUGGUAUGGAGAUACUCUUCACCGUCUUGCCUAGACCAGAGCCAGCGCUGGAAGUCGUAAACUACAGUGCAGACUUGCCCCCUGAGGAUAAGGAUGAGUCCCAGAAGAUAAUGCUUUUUGGAGCUAAGUUGGCUCAAGGGCAGAUAGAGGCCACAGUCAUCGCUCUAGCCAUUGCAGGAAUAGUGCUCCUCCUGGUCGCCUGCUUCCUCCUGGGAGUGGUCAUCUACCUCGAGAGACAAAAGAAGUUAAGACGCAAUCGGAGGUCCAUUCUGGAUGAUGGAUUCAAACUCAUGUCUAAAAAGAACUCGGGGCUAUAA